AUGUAUCUUACAGGGCAACAUAAUCAUGUCCCGGAUCUGUCGCUUGUCAAGGACAUCACCCAUGUUAUUCUAGCUUUUAUGCGAUCGGAAGUGUUCAACCAAGAGGAACCACAAGAAUGGCCACUGUUUACCACUGUCAACGCUGUCCGAGCUCAGUUCGCUCCUGGCACCUCCAUCAUGAUUGCCAUCGGCGGCUGGGGUGACACUGUUGGCUUUCCUGCGGCUGCUGCAGAUGCAAGUGCACGGAAACGCUUCGCGAGAAACGUGAGAACCAUGGUUGAUGCUACAGGAGCCGACGGCGUCGAUAUUGACUGGGAGUAUCCCGGAGGCAACGGGGAAGACUACAAAAUCGUUCCCAAUGCUGAAAAGGACUGGGAGGUCGAUGCAUUUCCCAAAUUACUAGCAGAGAUCCGUUCUGCACUUGGGGCGACAAAAGUGAUAUCGGCUGCUGUCCCUGGUCUCCCCAGAGAUAUGAUCGCCUUCACCCACGGGGCAGUACCGAAGAUAGAUGCUUCUUUGGAUUUCUGGAACGUUAUGACUUAUGACUUGAUGAACAGAAGAGACAACGUGACCAAACAUCACGCUGGAAUCUCUGCAUCUUUGGCUUCCGUCGAUGCAUAUCUUGAGCGAGGUGUCCCUUCAGGUAAGGUCAACAUUGGACUUGCCUUCUAUGUGAAGUGGUUCAGGACAGGCCCGACUAGCGAGUGCACAGAGAAGCUUAUUGGAUGUCCUACACUGCUACUGGAAGAUCCAGACACAGGUGCUGAUCUGGGAAGAGCUGGGGCAUUUUGCUGGGUGGACGAAGUGCCGUCGGAUUUGACGGCCUCUUUCGCCAAAGCCAUGGAUAACGGUCGCUAUGACUUUAACGGUGGUGGGCAGUAUUACUACGAUUCGGAGGAACACAUCUUCUGGUCAUGGGAGUCAACAGAGUCGGUUGCGCGAAAGGCAACUGCCCUGGUGAGGACUAGAAAGAUAGGAGGAGUUUUCGCUUGGGGUCUAGGUGAGGAUUCGAAGGACUGGAGUCACUUGAAAACUUUGACGGCAGCAUAUCAAGUACUUGGGUCGCCGUCUCGAAGUGGCCACGAGUCACUGAGAAAGGACGAAUUAUGA